AUGUAAUAUUUUGUAACAGGAAUAUUAUACUCAUUUAGUUUAUGUGGAUUAAGAAAUAAGUUAAUUCAUUUAGUUGUAUUCAGACCACCUUAAACUACAUAUGAAUUAAGAUUAAGAAAAUAGAAUAACAAUCACAAUUAUAAGGAAAAGUAGUAGAAUUCUUCUGAUAAAAUCUAAAUUGUAGAUUUAUCUAACAGAAAUGAUUUAUAAAUUAACAAAAAGAACCACAUAUAAUAAAUUUAAAAAAGAAAGAAAUAUAUAAAUAAUUUGGAGUAAAAUUUUAUUUUCAUAAAAAAUAAGAGAGUACCCAGAAUAUGAUUUUAUCAAACUUUCAAAUAAAUCAACGGAUGAAAAUGAAGAUUAUAUUAUUUGCUCUGAUAUUUGUCAUGUUACUGCAUAUUUUUUAAGUUUAAGGAAAAACAAAAAAAUGGCAUGUGUUUACUUGAAUCGAUAUAGUGAAUAAAUAAUUUUAUUUAGUCAUGGAAAUGCUUGUGAUUUGGGAAUGAUAAUUGAUAAGUUACUUAGUAAGUAUUUUAUAAAUUAUUAUUUUAGAGCUUGUUGAACAUACAAACACCAGCGUAUUUGCUUAUGAAUAUAGUGGUUAUGGAUAAAGUGAUGGUGUAAGUAAUGACGUCAACAUUAUUCGUAAUAUCUAUGCUGCCUAUACUUUUUUGAUUCAUCAAUUAGGAUAUAAGCCAACCUAAAUUAUUGUUUAUGGUUACAGUAUUGGUUCAGGGCCCAGCAUUAAUUUAGCUUCAAAUCCGUAAUAUCCUAUAGGAGGGCUUAUUAUCUAAAGUGGAUUUAGUUCUGGAUUAAGAGUGAUUUCUCAUAAGAUAGAUGAAACUCCUUUUUAUGAUAUGUUUCCAAAUAUUGAUUAAAUAUAAUAUGUGUCAUGCCCAGUAUUCAUUAUGCAUGGUGCCAAUGAUAAUAUUAUUUCUGAUGAACAUGCCAAAUAAUUAGCCAAAAAUACAAACAAUUUAUAUGAAUUGUGGAUUUCUUAAAAUGUUGGCCACUGUGGCAUAGAAUCAGAUUAUCUCAAUAGACAAUAAUAUUUUCAGAAACUUUAAAAAUUUAUAAAAUGUAAAUAAUUAUAUAUAUUUUAGAUAUCUAGAUGGAAAAUACAAAUGUUCCUGAUCUAAUAACUAAAAAUACCGCAAUUUGCUAAAGGAAAACACCUACUACUAAAUAACAUUUCUAUUAAACUAAAAUAUUUUGAAAUUGUUUAUAUUAGUUAAU